UAGUUAUCUGAAAGCAGUCUGAGGAAACGGUUGCGGGCUCGUCGCUACCGGAUGAUAAGCUAUAGUCUAUUUUUAAUUGAUCGGCGCUAGUGGUUAUUAUUAUAAAUCGAAGCAUUGUGGUCGCAAGAAGCAAAUGAAGUCAAAACACAAGUGAAGACAAUUUUAAAAUAGCAACAUAGAAAGAGAAAUAAGUAAAUGCAAAGUUAAAAGAGGGAAGUAAGUUUUUCGAAUAAAACACACAAAAUAUCGUUAGCAAAAGCUUGAAGCAGCAUUUGCGCCGAUUGUUUGCCCACACAUCCAACUAGCCACAGAAGGCGUGCGCAUACGACUUACUACACACUCACAAAUAAGCGAUUGGGAGCGAGUUCUAGUUACUUACAUAUACACAAACAGAUACUCACACAAGUGCAUGCGCCGGCAUACGAAAAGAAAGGUGAACUGGUGUAGAAACUGUUGCCUACAGUUUAUCAGCUUAUGCGGUAUAACGGUCUAUGUAUUCUGGACAGGUUCAUAAGCGCAUAAGUCUCUCUGCGCACCAAAACAAUUCAUCGGUGCCACCACUCUGAACAUCAUUGAAAAUAACCGUUGUUCCGUUCUCGCAUGCAAACAGCUGCAUCUGCGUCAGAUGUCUGGCCGGGCAGGCACAGAUCGACGACAAAGCUAACAUAGAUAACAACUAUCAACAAAAACAACCAGUAUAUACGAUAAAAGCAAACCAACAAUAAUAACGAUUAGGGCAAUAGCACCAGCGGCAAUAAUAAUAAACAACAACCACCAGCGACAAUCGACAACCCAAAGACUUGUGCAUUGACGGCAAUACUUUGUCGUAUUGAUUUAUUUAUUUAUUCAACACACUGCAGAAUAAAUGGCAACGCAGAGCAGCAGAGCACAUGAGGAGACCAAAGCCGUGGCUGAGCCCCUAAAUGGGAAUGAUGAAGAUUAUGAAAUCGACGAAUCGACUGCAGCUGUAGUCGUUCCACCGGAUAGCGGAUGGGCAUGGGUCGUGAUGGUGGCAUCAUUUUUAUGUUGUACGGUACUCGACGGGAUUGUUUUUUGUUCUGGUUUAAUUCAAGAAGACUUAAUCAAAGAGUUUAAUGUUAAAAAAGGUUAUGCGGCGCUAGUGUCUUCACUUCUCAGCGGUUGUUAUUUAAUGGCAGGACCAUUUGUAAGUGCCUUGGCAAAUCGCUUCGGUUUCCGCCCUGUAGCCAUAGCUGGAGCGCUAUUUGCAGCAGCCUGCUUUGGUAUAUCAUAUUGGGCUCGAAGUAUUGAAUUCUUAUUUAUAACAUAUGGGGUUCUCGCGGGUAUAGGUUUUUCCAUGGUCUAUAUACCGGCCGUUGUAAUAAUUGGCUUUUAUUUUGAAAAGUGGCGUGCUCUGGCAACCGGUAUUGCUAUGUGCGGUUCUGGAGUGGGCACUAUUGUAUUCACUCCAUUAACUGAUAUACUGCUAAAGUCGGGUUGGAGAUACACACUAGUAAUUCAAGGAAUUAUAAUCGCGUUUUGUGCUUUGUUUGCAUGCGCCUUUCGACCAAUUCAGCCCAUCACACUGGCUGUUGAUGAAGAUUCUAACGAGAACAAGAAUGAUAAUGAGAAACGCAAUGGACAUGGCAAUAUUGUUGCACCAAAGCCCCAACUCCAUCAAGCUGCCUUUACUAAACCACUGCCUGAAGGACGUUUCGCUUACUCAAUGCCAAAUUCAGCACAUAACACAUAUAUGGGGGCAUCUCCCAAACAUCAUUAUCCCACAGCUGCAGAAGUUUUUAGAGGUGCCAAUAUUGAGCGUCGCCUCUCAAGCUCUUCCGGUAAAGGUACCGAAUUGAAAGCUCUGCGAAAAUCGCAGCCUACUACUCCGAAUGGUGAGCCUCAACCCUCACAACUUCACUUCAAUAUCAACAAAGAAUUAACAACAGUUGGAGAAAAUGAAGAAGAAACUGAGAAUGAGAAUUUAAUCGAAACUGAGGCAAAACCAGUGGUAAUACAGGCACGUAGGCAUACAGUGUCUGGCAGAAGGCCAAACGACAUCGUUGGGAAGAAGAGUGCAGUGGGAUCGCAAGAUACCGUGCACAAUAUUCACACUAGACCAAUGUACCGUGAUGAUAUAUUCUUCACUGGUUCCUUGGCACGAAUUCCACAAUAUCAAUCACAAACUUCCCUAGCCUACCAUAUGUCGGUGACACGUCUUCCAACCAAACAGGAUAUGCUUGAGGAUCGCCAAAAGGGAUGCCGACUAUGUCCUGAAGCUGUGCGGCGUACUUUAUCGACGAUGUUGGACACAUCGUUACUCAAGUCGCCAUCCUUCAUGUGUCUGGCCUUCAGCGGCUUUCUAACCAUGAUGGGUUUCUUUGUGCCUUUUAUGUUUUUAACACCACGCGCCGAAGCGGCAGGAAUGGACAAAAGUACUGCACUGAGCGUUGUUUCUGGCAUAGGAUUAGUUAAUACAAUUGCUAGGUUAGUUUGUGGUACGGUCAGUUCGAUUCCCAGCGUGAAACCACUAUGGUUGAACAAUGUGGCCAUCACAGCGGGUGGUCUGGCGACAAUUUUCAGUGGACUAAAAAUAACGGUUGUGACUCAAUGGGCAUUCGCUAUCUUCUUUGGCGUUUGUAUAGCUUGUUUUUCGGCGUUGCGUUCGCUAAUUGCCGUGGAAAUGAUUGGAUUGGAAAAACUAACAAAUGCAUUUGGUUUCCUUAUGCUGUUUCAGGGUAUUGCAGCGACAGUUGGAGCACCUAUUGCAGGCAUACUCUUUGAGCUGACACAGGACUACAAUACUUCGUUCUACUUUGCUGGCGGACUGAUAUUAGUUUCGGCGUUCCUCUGCUACCCAUUGACAUAUAUUGCUAACUGGGAGAAGGCGCGCAAUGAGAGAAAGGCCGCGCAGAGCCCCCCAAGAGCCUAAGUACAUAAAUAUUCGGGAAUUAAAAUUAAAGCUAAAAUUAAAUUUAAAUUUAAAAUAAUAUCAUACAACUGAAUGAACAUAUAACAAUAAACUAGUAAAACUAAAGACUUGAAUUUAAACUGUGUAUGUGUGCACACAUAUGAAAAUAUUGAUAUAUAUAUGUAUAUAUACAUAUAUAUAUAAUCGACGCAGAAGGAUAUAUAUAUAUAUAUGUUUUAUGUUAUGUAAAAAAUAAGUUCGUAGUGACCGAGACGAAACUAAAGCUUCCUAACCGAAGUCAGGCAAAUAGCUUAAAUACAAUUUAUAAGUUAUACUGAGAAGUUACGAAAUUGUAAUUAAAUAUUUUUUAGGAUAUGCAUAUUUGCAUAUGUAGGUCGAAAAAGUUAUUAUAUUUUAAUAGCAACGACUACUCUAAUUUUAAUAUAAACCGCAGUGUAACACUAACAUUUAUAACUUAUUAAUUUGUUUAAAAAAAAAAAACGAAGGAAUAAUCUAAUGAAUAAAAAUUUUAAACUUAA